AAGCACAGGCGUUAACACAGUGCUGUACAAGAGCACCACAGAGUGGCUAUGUUUGACAGAGUGAUGAAAAAUAUUCUUCUCACAUUAUGGAUGCCUCUCCUGUGGUCACUGUGUAUGGGCAACGUUACGGUGCUUGAAAAUGGAAACCGCCUUUUGAACAUUGAAAUCAUUGUGGAAGACAAUGCAAUCCCCAUUGAAAAUGUCACAGCAGUAAUAACAGAUUUUUUUACGACCAAAUCUGUCAAUUUAACAAAAGGUGCAGCUCUGCAAUUGCUUGCUCACGUCAUUGCUGGCGGAAGGGUCCCCCACUCGAGGAAGCUCUAGAGCAGUGGUUCUCAGCCGGGGGUACGCGAACCCCUGGAGUCUGUCUAGUGUCACAAUGCAGCUGCGUUCGAAAAUUUACUUGGAACAUGGAAGGAAGCCAAACAUCCAACCAGUGUACAAACUCAGAAAUCCCUGGUUUUGAAUGUGUCUUCCUGGAAACUCCAAACAACAAAAGCUGCCAGCCAACACCAACCAAUACUGCAACCACUCCUCCAACCAACAACACUGAAACCACUUUUACAACACAACACAUGUCCACCACAACAAACACUACUGCAACCACUCUGACAACCAACAAUGUUGCACCCACUUUUACAAAACAACACAUGUCCACCACAACAAACACUACUGCAACCACUCCAACAACCAACAAUGCUGCACCAACUUUUACAAAACAACAGAUGUCUACCACAACAAACACUACUGCAAUCCACUCCAACAACCAACAAUGCUGCAACCACUUUUACAACACAAAACAUGCCCACCACUUCCACGCACCUGAACUCAACUACAACAAAAAACACCACGGUAUCAAAUAGAUCAACAGCAAAUAAUGUUUCUUCACCCUCUCCUACCUCCAACACCUCCAAUAACCUCACUGUUACAUGCACGUGCCAGAUAAAGUUCAUCAACACAGAGUACAAUGGAGACCUGAACAUAACUACUUCAAACGAAUACAACACCAUGUCAAAUAUCGUGGCUAAAUUUCUCAAUGAAACAUAUGCAAACAUAACAGGAUUUCAAGGCGUCUCCAAUAUCCAAUUCAGUUCUGGCAGCGUCAUUGUCAGCUUUGAUUUAGUUGUUGAAGCUAAUCAACCAGAAAAUGUUAAAACAGCGAGUCUUAAAACCAUACUCAACGGAAGAAUUGGAAUUUAUGAAACGGACCGAAAAUAUUUUAAUAUAAAAUCUACUUGCCCCAAGGAGACCAUAUCUGGUAUUACAUGGCAAGAAACAAAACCAGGACAAGAAGAAACACAACUAUGCCCAAACAAACCCAACAUACAAUCUAAAAGGACAUGUUCCGAAAAUGGAAAAUGGAAUACUCAGAGCUCUUGUCAGUUUGAAGAAAUCUAUGAUAGUAUUAAGAAUAUCACCGACACAUACGGAGUUUCCAGUGUUUUAGAUCAAAUACAGAAUUUCAGCUUUUACUCUGAAAAUCAAUCGCCAAAUGGUUUCAAGGAAACUGCUGAUAUAUUAAAUUUUUUGGCAGACAAAUCAGAAUCAUUAAAAAUGUCACCUAAUGCAAAGCAAUACGAGAUCUUCAUAAACGUGACCAGCAAACUUUUUUCAGAAAAUAAUGUUGCUAUAUGGACUUCUAACACUUCUAGCGUUGUCAGUUCAAGUAUCCUCAAAGCUAUAGAGAAAUUUACAUCGUUGUUUUCCCCUGCUAAUUUUAUAAUUUCAAACAACAAUACAAUCGUUAAUGUCACAACUACCAUAUACCGUGAAUUCUAUACGCAAAUUGACAUUAUAAAUACUAUCAAUAGCGUCCGUAUGCAAAUAAACGUUGAAUAUGGAUUGGAUAUGAACAACACAUUUUCAGCCAUCGUAUUUUCAAACCUUCACAAAAUCCUGCCAAUACAGCAAGAGUCUGAUUGCAAAGAUUGUACUGUUAAUUCGAUUGUGAUUAUUUCUGCUCUGAAAACAAAUACCAGUUCUAAAAAGCCGAGUAUUAGUCUGAAAUUCUCGCCGAUUAACAAAAACUUAUUCAUCAAAACGUCCGUGUGCGUGUACUGGAAUUCGAAUAACAGCAAUUACAACUUCACAAGUGGUUGGUUUAAAGAGGGCUGUACCACCGUUGUGAGCAACAACACCGUUCAUUGCUCUUGCGAUCACUUCACACCCUUCGCGGUUCUGAUGUCAUCGACCAACCCUGAUUCUGGAACAAGCGAUAUCCUGACAAAUAUCGUGUUAACAAUAUCAAUCUGUACGUUGGCCGUUUCCAUUGUAUUGCUCUCCGUCACCAUGAGACGGAAAACAUUCAUGAAGAGAAGCAGUUGCCUAAAGUUGACAAUUUUGCUGCACAUAUGCAUCAAGCUCAUGUGUGCGCACGUUUUAUUUUUGCUGGCAAGCUUUCUUGAAGGGAAGCUGACCCAAACCAUGUGUAUCCCCAUCACUGCACUGAUGCACUUCUGUUACCUCGCCUUCUUCUUCUGGAUGCUUUGUGAGGGAGGACUUAUAAGCUACCAGCUGACCUUUCCCAUUCACUCCAAGGACUACUGGAGACAAUUCACCAUCGCUGCUUUUUGCAUAGGAUACGGAGUACCAUUGAUCAUCAUGGUCAUCACCGUUAGCGUCGCCAAGACAAACUACAGCAACGUCAAGUUCUGUUGGCUUGCAACCGAGAAUAACGUCAUACUCUCCUUCGUUGUGCCAGUUGUUGUCAUACUGGUGGUCAACCUGAGCACAGUGGCGAUUGUAUGCGUAAAGAAAAUGCGGAAACCCAUCGGAGCAUCGAGGCGCAGAGCCAACAGAAACAUGUUACGCUGUUUCUCAGUGCUCGUGGUCAUUCUAGGCUUGUUCUGGUUUUUAGGGGCCGUCGAUUUUUUUAUUCCGAAUCGCGGAUUGGAUAUAUGUUUCACAAUCGUUAAUGGUUGUCAGGGAUUGUUCAUUUGUUACUGCAACGUAUUAAACGAUCCAGACGUGCAAAAAAUGCUGAAACGGAAUGGCUUUCGAAAAUAUUCCUUCUUCAUACCAAGGAAUUCUAUUCAAAGACAUCGAUGAUAAAUUCACCACCCUCUUCUCUAGCUCUAACUGAACUAUGAUCGAUGGUUACGUUUUCAUUGUUAUAUUUGUAAACUACUACUCAACUUCAAAUUAACAUUUAGCCUUUCUACGCAUAUAUACUAUAUACUAAGGUUGAGUGUUGUAUUUUUGUUUUUUUAAGGACAAUUUCAGAUCUUGCUUUCCAAUGUUUUAAUCAAUUACAUUAUGUAAUAAUAUGAUGCAUAUUCCUGCUUGUAAAAGUAAUGUCACUCGAUCCCACGUGACACCAAGGCAGCUGGAAAACAUUAAGACAAACACUGUUUAGUAAUUGCAUGUGUGAGGAAAUAUAAGUGAUGCCAUUUCCUAUUUACUCAUCCUUUCCGGUUAAUAUAAAACUAAAACACUUUGUGGAACUUCUAAAGUGAAUUUUCAGAUUCUGAAAAUUGGGUUAGUUAUGUACGGUUUGAAAGAAGUUCAACAAGCAUACAAACCUAUUGCAAUGUUCAUGGGAACGUAGUCUUAAUCUUUGGUUGCUUCCGUCGAUUUCCUCAUUCUUUUUCAAUUUAAAGCUUUCAUAAAUAUGCUAAUUUCCUCUGUUGAUAUGCAAAUUCCUUUUGUCAAGGCGCCCUCCUCCUCUAACCCAGCUUAAAUAUACGCUGCCAAGCCUGGUGGUGUUUCAUUCAGACGCUGUCUUUCCGACAGCCCUGUUCUUCACCUGAGGACGGCUGCUUGCGUUGUGGCCGAAACGUCGUGAGAAUUGUAUUUUAUAAUGUUUUAUUUUUACUAUUUUAUUAUUUCCCUUCUACGUGAUUUUACCGAAAGAACCAAGAAGAUUCCUCAUUCUUGGUGGAGUGCUCCUUUGAGUACUCCAUGGUGGGUUUGAUUGGACAUUUUUUUCUUGGGAUGCAGUUUUUUUCAAUCCAUUUUGGAUAGUUUUUUUUCUAAUAAUCAACUCUCUUUAUUUACAAUAUAUUCAUAGUGGGAUAGUAUCGUUAAAACUAAAUUAAAAAGGUCAGGGGGGUGGGAAAUCAAACAUUAUUAUGAAAAAAAUUAUAAUGUGGAAUGUAACUUCAAGUAAAUACUCUUAGGAUCUUUCGGUAAAGCCACGUAGAUAGGAAAAUAAAUAAAAUAUCACGACAUUUCGAUCGCAACAACAAGCGAUCGUCCUCAGGUGCCAAAAAGUUUGGGGACCGCUGCUGUAUAUAUGGUUGUAUGAGUUGAACUUCUUUCACACUGUAUGUAGCCAACCAUUCUUAUGAGAGGUGUGGCGGAAGGACAACAAACUAAACACGAAAAGCUGUUCUAAAGAAAUUCGUUUUUACCCUAUAUUUAAAAGUGCAUAGCUCCAGUGGCUUCUUAAUAUCGAAAUGGAAGAACGUUCCAGAGGGCCACAGAAGCGCUUCUGAAGUGCACAAUGCAGUGACGUGUGGUGCCACGGCUUCAAAGCCACUCGUGACCCCCAGACUGAACACGCACACUUGAUAUUCUUAGGUCUUUUCC